AUGGAAAAAUAAUUUGAGACAAUUAUUAGAUUAAAUUUUAUAUAACAGAUUUGUUUAAUGAAUUUUGUUUAAUAAAUAAAGUCAAAUUUUGGUAUGAUUCAGAGAAAGGAAAUCAUUGCAAAAAAUAAAAAGAAGGUAGAGUCAUAGAACUAACCAUAACUAAUCUUUAGCAUUAAAAGAAGGUAAAAUGAUUAAGCUUUUGAUAACAUAUGUAUAAUUAUGUAAUUGAUUAUUAAUAGUUUUUUCUAAUGAGGAAGAAAUGUUAAAUUUUUUGUAUUCUAGAAAGUAAAAAAGGUUAAAUUUAGAUGAAUUAGUGGGAAAUCUUUCUUUAAAUGAGAAGAAUUAAGAAAUGUAAAAUUAAUUGUCAACUCUUUAAUUAGUGUGGGGUUAUAAAGAAUACCAUUAUAAAAUAUUGAUUCUGACUAAAAUUUUGAUUAGAAAGAGACAGCUGAAAAAAGCUUAAUUUACUUUAAAAGAGAUAGAUUUGUUACAAAGUUUAGAAAAGACUUUAGAGAUUCUUUGUUAUCUAAUAAUAGAAAAAAAGUAUAUAUAUUGAAAUAUAAAUAUUAAAGAUAAUAAUACAAUUAGAAUAGAAUAAGAAUUAAUUAACAAGUGUAAAUGAAAAAGCAAAUUAUGAGUUUGAAGAAGACUAUUAUGUAAUUUAAAAAUUGGAGAAAGAGAAAGUAUAAUCUUAAAUUACAAUGAAAAUUGAUACUAAAUAAAUAGAGAAAUAGAUUGCAGAAUAAUAAUUUGAAAGUGAUACUGAGAAGAGUUUUGAUAGUGAGGAUUCUUAAAGAACUGAUUAUGAUGAUUAUGAUAGUUUAGAUGAAGAUUCAUUAUAAUAAGAUGGAUUGGAAGAGGAGGAAUAUUCCAAUAAUAAUAAUAGUGAUGAUUCUAUUGAUUUGAAAAGAUUUCAAUAAAAUUAUAUUUAAUAAGAUGAAUUUGAAGUUGAUGAUAAAGAUGAAGGAAAUUAAGGAGAUUAAACUGAAAUGUUUACAAGUUUUAUAAGAUAACAUGAAAAAAUUAUCAAGGAUAAAGUUUAUUGA